GUUUAAUACCACAAGGAAAUAGGUAGAAUUUUUUAAAUAUAUUUGAAUAGUGUCAGUAUAAUAUUGUAGCCGGAACAGUGUUACGUAGUAGAUGAUGCAGUCUUUUAAAUUCGUGAUACCUAUUUUUAUUAUUAUUUUAAAAAUAGUAUCAUGUCAGUCAAAAGGUCGAAAUGUAGUUUGCUACUACUCUGGAGAAUUUGGGACUAGUGUUGCACCUCCCGAGUUAUUAGAUGCAAAUUUAUGUACCCAUCUAAAUUACGCAUUCGUCAAAGCUAACGAAAAUGGAAACUUGGUAUUUUUAAAUAAAAACGUCGAUAUUGAACAAAAAAUGUACGAGCGAACCAUAAACCUUAAGAAAAAUAACCCAAAUCUGAAAGUAUUAUUAAGCAUAGGCGAUACACAGGCACAGGUAUUUUCCACAGUUGCAGCAGAUGCCGCCAAACGUCAAGCACUGGUAUCAAGUUCACUACAUUUUGUCAAAACUUAUGGCUUCGACGGAAUAGAUAUUGACUGGGAAAUACCAGAAGGAAAAGAUAAGCAAAAUUUUAUAAGUCUAUUGAAGCUAUUCAAAGAAUCUUUAGGAAAAGAAUCGUAUAUAUUUAUGGUUACGGUUUAUAAUUACCCCGAAGUCGGUUAUGACGUUCCUCAGAUUUCUGGGUCGGCUGAUAUGAUAAACCUAAUGUGUUACGAUUUUUAUGGAUCAUGGAGCAAGUACACCGGUUAUAAUGCUGCACUUUAUGCAUCACCUACUGAAAGCGAUUUUGAGAAAAAUCGGCUAAAUGUGGCGAAGUGUAUUCAGAAUUGGCUUAAUGCAGGAGCUGCUAGUAAGAAAGUAAAUGUUGGAGUACCCUUUUAUGGACGCACUUUUAAAUUGGCUAAUCCGAAUAACCAAAAAAUACAUUCACCUUAUAUUGGAACUCCAGAGGGGGUUACCUAUCAGAGAGUAUGUUCGGAUUUCCAACAGUACACAGAAGCAUGGGAUGAUGUACAAAAAGUGCCAUUUAAGUAUUAUAGAGAUCAAUGGAUAGCCUAUGAUAAUGAGCGAUCGAUCGCAGAAAAGGUAAAGUAUAUCAAAUCUCAAAAUGUAGCUGGUGUAAUGGUAUGGCAAAUAGGACAAGAUGACAUUAAGGGAGUUUGUGGACCAAAACAAGGAUUAUUACAUGCUGUAAACAACAAUUUGUAAUGAAUUUCUUAAAAGUAAUAAAUAA